AUGGCUUCAAAUGUGGCUAGCGAUUACCUCUCCUUCGCUGAUGUGGCAUACUGCAUUCGUUCAUAUCAGCCAGUGAAAAACGGCUUAGAUCCCAAUCAGAAAGUGGUAGACCAUUUUUUAGCCACCUUUACAUCAGCUAUUGCGUUUGUCACAAGCUUUCAUGAAGGUGAACUUACGAAUGACUCAAAGACGAGGCCAAUUGAGUUGAGAGGAGCCGACGAUGACAAUAUAUCUGAGGAAAGUAGUGAGCAAGCAGAUUCAUUGGCAAAAAUGACCGGGAUAAACCGCAAGAUUCUGCUAAGAGUUAUAACACAGGCCAAAUCAAAGAUUUACGUGGGAGUGAGCAUGUUACAGUUGGCUCACUAUGCUUUCCAGGAAAGGAAUGCGGCUUUGUUCAUUCUCUCUUCAUUAUUGAACAACAAGGAUUUUACUCACACUGAGGGAAAUAUAGUACAAGAGAUUAACGACAAGCGGUAUGACAUAUGCAAGGAUAUGAUUCAGCUUGCACGUAAGAUCAUACUGAAAGAGUUUGAGGAAUCACAGAUAAAUGACAAAUAUAUGGAAGGACGUAAAUCAGCUGAGAUCAAGCAAUUGACGGAAUCACAGAACUUGGUGUACGUGACAAAUAUUUUGAGAACCCUAACAAUGUUGAUUUUGAAUGCUACUCUGCCGAACGAUGUUGUGGACCUCUGGUUUAGAUUCGUGGAAGAUACUAAUGACAGCAUUAGAGAAAUGCUGAGUGUUGAUUCCAACAUUCCAGAGAUGAUUGGAACCAAGAUAGAGGCACUCAUAACGGUAAAUACCCUGUUAGUGCUUGGUCUCGAUAGUACAACUUCAUCGAUUAACUUCGAUGCGCCUUAUUAUAGUGAUGCUGAUUGUUUUGGCAAGUUGAAUUCGAUCUUCAAAAGUGAAAGUGUUCAUCCAGCGAUACUUUACAUGUGGUCCUUCAUCCUUUUCUCGAAAUAUUAUGCUUUGGAGGAGUUGCCAAACAAGGAAUCUCAAUUUAUACAAAGUGUGUUUGGUAAAACACCCAUUUUUGAAGUAAUGGCAAGCUUCGCUUCUAGAGCCGAGAAUGCUAACAUUUUCGAAUCAAUCAAGAAACUUUCAUCGGCGCUGUCAUCUGAAAGCUUAUAUUCAGCCAUCAUAAGCUCCUAUGUGAGGCUAUCACUAAAUUUCAUUCCUCUAAAUUCACAAACCUCCGAUAUGAUCAAAGCUGUACUACUGCGGGCACCAGAUGAAUUUGUUGAGGGAUUCCUGUCAGACACAGAAUUUGAGAAAAAACUUACCAUACUGAGGGCCAAGCUACCGCUUAUUGAUGAAGCGCUUUUGCCUUUAGUUAAUCUAACAGCGGUUCAUAUCCAGUUUGCCAACUUUGAAUGGAGAAAUCUCAGCACCUAUGCGGUAAAGUCGAAGCUUGCCGAAUUGGAUUACGAUAUAUAUGAUGAAACAGAGGCAACAAGCAGAAAUUUGGACCUUAUCGUGCUCAAGAAGGAGUUUCUCGUGAAGCCGCCACUGGAGUUCGACGAAGAGAUCUUUUUGCCACUUCCUGAAGAUACAAAAGGUAAAAUCCUACCAACUGCAGCAAGCUCUGAUGAGGAUGUUAUCGUUUUCAUGUAUAACUACAGUGGCUGGGCGGUCUUAGGUCGGAUCCUACAAAAUCUAUGCGAAUUCUACAUCAAGAAUGAUUUGAGCCUGGACAACCGCACACGGCACACGAUGAUCUCAAUCGUCGAGCUUAUAACGCGUGUUGUAUCGCCAGAAACACCCAUCGAGAGGUCAACCGAGAUUAUCGAAUACCUCUCAGCUUCAGUAACUGACGAUGACAUCGUCUCUAUCAUAUUGAAAAUCUUUGAGCACUCGGCGCACAAGCGAAACUAUGAAUUAACGGCUGUUACAACAAAAUUUUUGGGCUCUCUCUUUCCAAACUUCCCUCACUUUGUUUGGUCCCAUAUUGCCCGUUCAGACCUUCUCGACAGAUAUGGUAAAACAGGAUUGGCCACGACCAUUCUAGGCUCAGUCGAGCUUCCGAAUGGUAUUUAUGAUUUUACGUUAUCACUGCUUAAGUUAGCGAAUGAAAUGGUGACGGAGUCGAUAGCCCUGGAGAGCGGCUUCCCAUCAAGAACGAAGAAAGACCUGCUCGAAAAGUUGACAAUACAUUUCAUUGACGUUUCGGAAAGCUAUCAACAAUGGAAGUACACUAAAGUAAUACAGAGGUUUGAACUGGGUUUCCAUCUAACUUCUUUCUUUACCAAAAUUUUGUACGCAGUUUAUGGAUUUGAUUCCCAAUCUGCCCCCAAUGAAAAGGUCACCUGUACUCUCGCAAAAUGUGGCAGCCAUAUUGUCAACGCAUUCCUUGGAUCGCAAUCUCCAGAUACUCGUCCAGCUAUUUCCCUUUUGAACAUUUUGUUAUCAAACGAGAAUAGUCAAAUCUCUCUCUUAAGUGAUGAGGCAUUUGGCUAUGUCUCUUCCAAACUAGUUAUGCAUUCCUUCGAACUGACAUCUCUAUUGCUCUCGAUCCGCGGUUUCCUCAAGAUGCCUCCUAGCUCAUUGGAAAAAAUGAUUUACGCAAACUCUCCGAAGCUAGUCGAUCUAUACCACUCAACGCCAACUCUCAAGAGGCACAUUAUAAGAUUGUUGCACUCACUUGUCAAGGUACCUUGGUCGGACAAUUAUUUGUUCCUUCUAUCAUAUUUAGGUGAGAAGCAUUCCGAAGCUUUGCUCAACACUAUAUCAUCCGACCUCGAAAGCCCGCUAACAAAUCAUAAACUCUCAAAGGAUCUUUACAUGUUCUUCAGUGCAUUAAUGGAGAGCAAACAAGAUGGUUUAUCUAUCCUUUUUCUGACUGGUAGCAUAGCCUCGAGCAAGACAGAGGAGAAAGAUACACGCAUUGCUGGCAAAACCUCUGUUUUAAGCAUUUUGAAGAAGAAUGCGCUAAAUCUCGAUUCUCUUCCCGAGGAUGUUGCAUGUUGCUUGUUGGAUUCGAUCGCAUAUGCUUUCAAUACGUGGGCUAACGCUAAAGAUUGCAAGGCCGAUGCAGAAUUUAUUUCGGUCCUUCUAAAAAGAGUUCGAGAGUUCAAGGCUCCCGAGGCCAGCUCCAUUGAGGAAAUGGAAGCGGCUUCUACCCAAUAUAGGUUGAUCUCGCGAAUCAUCGAAAUUUUUGCAUUAUACCUAUUUACUUCUUCCGAAGUUGAUUCGCAAAUUUCUCAACUUCUUGACGAGAACGAUUUAGCAUUCAUCAAUCAGUUUUUCCAAAUCACUGGUUACAAUAGUACUUUGCAUGAAUAUCUGGAGAAAAACUUCAUGGAGAAUUGGCCGAGAUUGAAGCUCGACAGGUUCGCAGUUACGCCCCUCUUCAGCAGUGGGAGCUUCUCCCGAGAUGCUAUCUUCGCAAUUCCUCUCAUGGACCGAUUUUUCGGGGAUGACGAGAAGUGGACGGGAGUAGGAAGGCAAAGAGGGUACAGGGACGAAAUAAUCGAAGCUUCUUCCAAUCUCAAAUACAUUACUCAUCAAAUAGCAGCAGCGAAGGCCUGGGGUGCCCUUCUGACCACGUUUUUGAAGAAAAGGGAGAAGCCGCCGAGAAAUAGCUUUCUCGACCUGGCUAUACAUUUUCUGCAGGUUAAUCUUGACUCUGGCAUAGAGGCGCCACUUUUUACAGAGGUAUACUGUGAGCGGCUACAGUUGGUCUUUUACAUUCUAUAUUCUUUCCAAAAACGAGCUGAGUCAUUGCCCGAAAAGACACUUUUUAAAUUGCUGGAGCUUUUAACAGCAGUGUUCAAGUCCGAUCAACUCGAGUUCGUCGCUAAUAUUGGGCAAUCGACUAAGAGAAAUUUUUACAGGCCGAUAUUACGUUCCAUAUUGCUUGCUUUAGGUUUCGUCAGGACAGGAGCUCAGUUUAUUGAAAUGGAGUCAGAUCAGUUGCUGGAACUCUUCGAACUGUCCUUCUCCAAAGGGGUUUACCUAAUCAUGUCUGAGAUUUUGUCAGAUAUUAGCACUUCGACUUCGAACGGAAGGCAGGUUGCGAUUUUUAACAUGGAAGAGCGUGUUCAGGACUUAUUUUUGUUGUUGUCCCUCUUUGCAAAAUUCAAAGCAUUGAAUCCACCCGAUAGAUUUAACUUGAUCAUGGCUUCAUCAUUGAACGAGGUAGGAACAGUGAAAGUGAUAUUGAACCUAUAUUCAACCUCGCACUUGUUCAAGAUGAAUGGUGAGACAGUUUUUGCUCCUUUGACCUUGACCUUCAUCUCCGAACUGUGUACCAUUGAUCACAUCGCUACUAAAUUUAUCUCAAAUGGUCUUUUCACUGUGCUGCUUGAGAGCCCUCUUUCAGUGGCAAUUCAAGAGGGUAAAAUCAUUCCAGAAGAACAGGCAAGUCUUCAUAACAUAUGGACAAACGGCCUUCUCUCUAUCAUUUUACUGUUGUUAAGUGAAUUCGGCGGAAAGGUGAUGCCUGAAUGCUGUCUCUUUGUCUCAUACUUUUCCCAGCAGAUCAAGAAUGCAACAUGCAGAUGGUCGGACAGCAAACUCGCGGUCUCUACCGCCUUGAUAAGAGAAACUUCACAACUCAUACUUCUGCAGAAAAUGAUGCAAGCAUUGAACUACCAGCAAUUUUUGACAAAUCCCUCAAGAAGGUCGCUCCAAAAUGGAAAUCAUAAACAAGUUGAACUUAUAAUAGGCUUGGAUACAGAGCAAGAAAGAAAGCUGUUAAAAAAUGUCUUGAACCGUCUUCUGACUCACCCCAAGUACUUGAAUUCAAGAGUAGUUCCUACGACUAUAGAAGAGCAACGUCAACUAGAAGCUGAUAGCACGAGAAUUGAGUUUGUGAAGAGUAUUUGCAAGCAUAUAAAAGAUCUCCAGGAGUCGUUAACAUGA